CAUCUUGCUCGCUACCACAAAAAAAAGGAAAUGAAAAUAUUUGACAUAUUGUGAUAUUGAUGGAGGAGGGGUUGUUGUUGAGGGCGGAGGCGCCACGGAGAUGGGAUGUUGUAUUGGCGGAGGAGGUGAAGAGAAGUUGUCACAUAGCGUUGCCGAUGGUGGUGGUGAUGGUGUCACAAAACUUAUUGCGUGUGGCGUCUAUGUCAAUAGUUGGGCACCUUGGUCAACUAGAACUCGCAAGCACAGCUAUUGCUACCUCCUUUGCCAAUGUAACCGGCUACAGUCUCCUUUUUGGCCUGGCGAGUGCAUUGGAGACGUUAUGUGGGCAAGCUUAUGGAGCACGCCAGUACCAUAGGCUCGGAGCAUAUACAUAUGGCGCCAUGAUAUCUCUAGUUUUAGUCUGUUUCCCGAUUUCCAUUUUGUGGUUUUACGUCGACAAGCUCCUAAUUCUUAUAGGCCAAGACCCUUUAAUUUCAGCUGAAGCGCGUAAAUUUUCAGUGUGGCUCAUUCCUACCCUAUUCCCUUACUCCAUACUCCAACUAUUCAUUCGAUAUUUACUGUCUCAAAGUCUCAUCUUUCCAAUGCUAUGGAGCUCCGUUGCGGUUCUUGUUAUCCACAUACCCCUUUGUUGGGCUCUAGUGUUCCAGCAAGGGUUUGGGGCAGCUGGAGCCGCAUUAGCCAUUGCAAUCUCCUACACUUUGAAUGUGGUAUUUCUUGGAUUUUACUUGUACUACUCAAAAGCGUGUGAGAAAACUCGUGUCACGUUUUCAGUGGAUGGCUUUAAAACCAUUAGAGAGUUCUUUCGUUUCGCCAGCCUGUCAGCUGUCAUGACAUGCCUUGAAUGGUGGUCGUACGAGAUCAUUGCUUUGCUAGCGGGGCUCUUGCCGAAUCCUCAACUUGAGACUUCAGUGCUCUCAAUAUGUCUAACGGUUAGCGCCUUACACUACUACAUACCCUACUCAUUUGGGGCUGCAGCAAGCACACGAAUAUCAAACGAGUUAGGAGCUGGGAAUCCACAGGCUGCAAAAACAGUUCUCUUGGCUGUAACUGGUCUUGGAACAGUGGAAGUAAUCAUAGCCGUCACAGGUCUUUUCUGGUCACGUUCGAUUCUGGGAUAUGCAUUCGGCAACGAGCAGGAAUUAGUUGACUAUGUCAAGGACAUCACCCUUCUUCUUUGUUUCACCAUAUUUGCAGAUACAGUACAAGCAAUCCUUUCAGGAGUUGCUAGAGGGAGUGGAUGGCAACAUAUCGGAGCUUAUAUUAAUCUCGGGUCGUAUUAUCUCGUUGGAACCCCCAUGGCUCUAGUUUUGGGUUUUGUGGUCCACCUAAAAGGGAAAGGCUUAUGGAGUGGACUAGUAAUCGGAUCACUCGUGCAAUGCAUUCUACUUGCUCUAAUAACAUGUUCCACCAAUUGGGAAAAACAGGCAACAAUGGCGAGAGAAAGGAUAUUUGUGAAGGCAGUUAUUGAAAAGGAAUGAUGCGUCAACUAAACAGGCAAAAUCGGGCAUUAACAAACGUGUCGAAUCACGAUCACGUAUAUCAAGAAUUGUCUACUACCCGAGAAAAAAGAACAUGUGAAUUGCAAAGGGUCUUUGACAAUGGUUUAAUGAUUGCUCGAUGCGUCAGUAAUGUAAUUUUGAGAAGAGCUUAUUGCGCAUUGAUUUGCUAACAUAGUUAAAUGAGUUUUUGUAGGCUUAAUGUUGUGUGUCCAUGAAUGUUUGUAUAUAGACUAAACUAAACAUAAUGAUAUAAAGCUAUAUGGGUA